CUCUCUCUCUCUCGUGUUUUAGGAACUUGCUCUUUAAGUACUGGAACAUGCCCAUCGAGAGCGAAACUGAAACCAGCCACGCAUCACGCCGAAGGGGAGAGAGAGAGAGAGAUGGGUUGUGGGUACUUUUACGGGAGUCGCAGGUUUUUGGGAGUAUGAUGUCGGGGUUGGUUCUGACGUGGUGGGAGAUUUCCUUUUCUUUGUUUCUGGGGGGUCGUGUUCGUUUCGUCUCGUUGAGGGUGUAUGGUAUUGCCGGGGGGGGAAUACAGGAGGGAAUACGUGAUCGCGAUAAAGAGUAUUUUAUUUCCUUCCUUCGUGGGCAGUGAGAGGGGGGGAGAGCUGGUUGAAGAUGUCUUCUUGGUCCGUGUGUAUAUAUGUACACGCGCAGUUCAGAGUUUGGUGUAAUAGUUGUUGCUAGCACGAAUCCUCCUCCUCCUCCCCCUCCCCUCCAAUCUUUCUUUUUCUUAUAUCGAGAGAACCGAGGAAGGGACUCGGGAGCGAGCAGAUCACGAAGGAAUCCUCGAAAAAACUGAAAUGGACAUCAGCUCGAGCUUUUCACCUGCCAUGGAUGAUGAAUAUGAGAAACUUAUCCGGAGAAUGAAUCCACCCAGAGUUGUGAUUGACAAUGAGACUUGCAAGAAUGCAACAGUAAUACAGGUUGAUAGUGCAAACAGACCUGGAAUACUGCUGGAAGUUGUACAAGUCCUCACUGAUCUCGACCUUAUCAUUACCAAAGCAUACAUUUCCUCUGAUGGUGGAUGGUUUAUGGACGUCUUUAAUGUUACCGAUCAAGAUGGAAACAAAAUUAUGGAUGAUGAGAUCCUUGAUUAUAUUAAGAAGGUUCUCGGGCCAGACUCAUGUUUCACUUCCUCCUUAAGAUCGGUCGGGGUUAAGCCCUCGGAUGACCACACUGCCAUUGAGUUGACUGGAUGUGACCGACCGGGCCUCCUAUCUGAAGUGAGCGCCGUCCUCACCCAUCUCAAGUGCAAUGUGGUGAGCGCUGAGGUGUGGACCCACAACAUGCGCGCGGCUGCAGUAAUGCAUGUCACGGACGAGGAAACUGGGUCGGCUAUUACCGACCCGGAGAGGCUAACUAGAAUCAAGGAACUGCUGUGCAAUGUCCUCAAGGGAAGCAACAAAUCCCGGGGAGCGAAGACUGUGGUCUCGCACGGGGUCACUCUCACUGCAAGAAGGCUUCACCAGAUGAUGUUUGCCGAUCGGGAUUAUGAACGAACUGAUGAUGACGUGUUGGAUGAGAAGCAAAGGCCUAAUGUAGAGGUUGUUAAUUGGUACGACAAAGACUACUCGGUUGUCACUAUUCGGAGCAAAGAUCGGCCGAAGCUUCUGUUCGACACCGUUUGUACGUUGACUGACAUGCAGUAUGUUGUGUUUCAUGCGAACAUCGAUGCGGAGGGGCCGGAAGCUUAUCAGGAGUACUAUAUCAGGCACCUGGAUGGAUCCCCUGUGAAUUCAGACGCAGAAAGGGAUAGAUUGAUGCAUUGUCUUGAAGCCGCUAUUGAGAGAAGGGCAUCUGAGGGCUUGAAGUUAGAAUUGUGCACGACUGACAGAGUCGGGCUGCUUGCUAAUGUCACUCGCAUCUUCAGAGAAAACAGCCUCACCGUGACUAGAGCGGAAGUCACCACCAAAGACGGAAAAGCAGUAAAUACAUUUUAUGUGCAAGACGCAUCGGGAUACCCCGUGGACCCCAAGACAAUCGAAUCCAUUCGCCAAACCAUUGGCCAGACCAUACUUCAUGUCAAAGGAAGUUCCGAAGAGUCGAAGCCCGUUGUUCAGGAAUCUCCCACUAGGUUCCUCUUUGGUGGUCUCUUCAAGUCGAGAUCCUUCGUCAACUUCGGUUUAGUUAGGUCGUACUCUUGACAAAACUCACGGUUAGCUUAUCUUCUCAUGUACAUGAUUAGCCAGUUUUCUGGAAUCCCCCUGGAAAAUAUCGUUACGGGAUAUUUCUUUUAAGUAGGAUGCAAGUACUGAUGUUAGGAAGAGCCAUUUUCUUGAAGGAGGAAGAAGGGUUAGCCAUUAGAAAAGCGUGAGGCCGUGUAAAUGUUUCCCGGUCACCUACCUGAUCUUUAUUUGUUUACCGUGGAACCAACCUCACAUUGGAACCACAAAAGUGACGAAAGAGACCCGAUUUGUGUAAGGAUUUUCGCCUAACCAUUGUAUAUAAUCAUUCUUUGCGCUCUAUAA